AUGCAGCAACAUGAUCACCAUAAACGUGUUUGGAUAGAGUUGGAAACAUUCAAAGAAUACGUAAGCAAGCAUGCUUUGCUCAAACGAAAACGCAACGUUAAGGAGAUUGAACAUGAAACUACAUAUCUUGACUGUUUAAAAGUCAUUAGUUAUGAGAAUGGUUGUUGGAUUGAACAUUUGAAAAGCAAAUCAUAUUCAGAGAUGGAUACCUUUCAAUAUUCACCAGCUGUAAAAGAGAGGGCAUUAACCACGCGUUUUGAAGGAAGCCAUAUUCAUGAUCAAUUGCUUGAAAAUAUGGGUUUUACUUGUGAAAUGUGGGUAUCUUUCUCUCAACAUUCGUUUUUCCCUGUGCUUUGUACGAUUAGUGACGUGAACUGGACCAAUGGUUUUGGCUUAUUUGAAUAUUCGAAUAACAGCAUGGAAAUAUCAGACACCAUUAAUUGGUUUAUUCAUGAUUGGUAUGUCGAGGAUAAAUAUUUUGUGACAACACCCAUUCCUUCUACUAACGAAUGGGUACACUAUGCAGGUACUUUUGAUUUGACCACGUGUGUUGCUUCUCUAUACGUCAAUGGAAAGUUGGUAAAUCAAAAAACGAUCCCUGAUCAUGGCUUGGAGCUAAAUGAGUCCAUGCAAAUGGUCAUUGGGUACUCUGAUUAUUGCAACGAUAUUGGUUAUCAUGUCAUUGGAGAAUACACAGACAUUCGAGUGUGGAAUGUUUGUAGAACUCAAGAGCAAAUACAAUCCACUAUGAAUCGAAGAAUUUUCAAAUAUAAUUUCGACAGAAAGACAAAUCUCGAACACUUGAUAUUCAACUAUUAUCCAGACCCAAUAUUGGACACUCGCAAAUGUAUUAAGAAUAAGGCGCCCAAUCCCAAGUAUCAGUCCAAAGAAUAUGACGCUGAGUGUGAAUGGAGUGUGGUGUGUCAACCCAUAGCUUGCGUCACACAUAUUAAGCAGUAA